AUGGGAAGAAUGCAUUCAUUUGGAAAGGGACAGGCUGCAUCAAUGAGGCCAUUCACGGUGACAGUUCCAACACACCUGGGAAAGACGGUGGGCGAGAUAGAGCAGAUUGUUCUGGCUGCCGCAAAGAGGGGAAUUCAGCCGUCUCACAUUGGGAAGACACUCAGGGAUUCACAUGAAAUUGGAUCGGCUGAGAUGGUGCUUGGAUGCUCGUUGCUGCAGUUUCUGAAGAAGCACGGGGCAGAGGCCACGUUUCCAGAGGAUCUGGCUGCGCUGAUGGAGAAGGCAGCCCAGAUCAGGCUCCACCUCUCAGUCCACAAGAAGGACACCGAUGCAAGAUACAGGCUGAAUCUGGUGAACUCGCGACUGCACCGCCUUCUGAGAUACCACAAGGCAAAGGGAAACGUACCAAAGACAUUCAAGCCACCUAAGAACUAA